AUGUUCAAGUUUGUUUUAGUAUCUGCUCUCGUAGCUGCAACUUCUGCUGCAAAUCCUAGGAUUCCGCAGUUGGAUGGUCGUAUCGUCGGCGGUGAAUCCGUCAACAUCGAAGACUACCCAUACCAAUUGUCUCUGCUCUACUACGGAAGCCAUAUCUGCGGUGCUUCCAUCAUCAGCGAAAAGUUCGCCGUUACUGCUGCUCACUGCACCGAUGGAUCUUCUGCUCAAGAUUUGAGCGUUCGCGCUGGUUCCUCCAUCAAGGGAUCCGGAGGCGUCGUCGUCCAAGUCAAGAGGAUUCUUCAAAACCCACAAUACGACCAAUGGAACAUUGACUUCGACAUGUCCCUUUUGGAACUGGAACAGCCACUUCCAUUGGGAUCUGGCAUCAAGACCGUUCCAUUGCCCGAGUUCUUGGAAGCCGUUCCAGAAGGUUCCCAAGCUGUCUGCUCCGGUUGGGGUGCACUCCAAGAAGGUGGAUCUUCCCCAUCCCAACUCCAAGCCGUGAAGGUUAACAUCGUCAGCAAGGAGGACUGCCAAGAGGCUUACGCGGGCACUCCAGUAACUGACCGCAUGAUCUGCGCCGCAGUUCCCGGAGGUGGCAAAGACGCCUGCCAAGGUGAUUCUGGUGGCCCAUUGGUCGUCGAUGGUAAACUCGUCGGUGUCGUUUCCUGGGGUAUGGGAUGCGCCCGUCCCGACUACCCAGGUGUCUACUCCAGCGUUCCAGAAAUGCGCGACUUCAUCAACGAAAACACUGGACUGUAA